GCGGCGCUGCCCCCGUCCCGCCCGCCGGCCCCAUGCAGCCCGCCAUGAUGAUGUUCUCCAGUAAGUACUGGGCGCGGAGGGGCUUCUCGCUGGAUUCGGCGCUGCCGGAGGAGCGCCCCGCCGCCGGCAGCCUCACCCUAAACAGAUCGAGUUCUGGGAAAAAUGAGGAAAAGAAAGGGAAUAAGGGAAAUGGGAAAAAUGAAUCUGUUUCUGAAGGUGGAAAGACAGCUGUGGUGUUUUCCCUGAAGAAUGAAGUUGGUGGAUUGGUGAAAGCUCUCCGACUCUUCCAGGAAAAACAUGUGAGUAUGGUUCAUAUUGAAUCACGAAAAUCAAAGAGAAGGAAUUCGGAGGUGGAAAUUUUUGUGGACUGUGACUGCAGUAAGAAAGAAUUUAAUGAACUAAUCCAGUUGCUCAAGUUUCAAACUAAUAUCGUAUCUCUCAAUCCACCAGAAAACAUCUGGACUGACGAAGAAGAUCUCGACUGUGUCCCUUGGUUCCCCAGGAAGAUAUCUGAAUUGGACAAAUGCUCCCAGAGAGUUUUGAUGUAUGGAUCUGAGCUGGAUGCAGAUCACCCUGGAUUUAAAGACAAUGUCUAUCGACAGAGAAGAAAGUACUUUGUGGAUCUUGCCAUGAGCUAUAAAUAUGGUCAACCCAUUCCUAGAGUGGAGUACACAGCUGAAGAAGUUAAAACGUGGGGGGUGGUAUUUAGGGAACUCAGUAAACUCUAUCCUACCCAUGCCUGUCGUGAAUAUUUAAAAAACUUUCCUCUGCUGACCAAGUACUGUGGAUACAGAGAGGAUAAUGUGCCUCAGUUGGAAGAUGUUUCUAUUUUUCUUAAAGAAAGGUCUGGCUUCACAGUGAGACCAGUUGCUGGAUACCUGUCUCCCCGGGAUUUUUUAGCUGGCUUAGCAUAUAGAGUUUUUCACUGUACUCAGUAUAUCCGGCAUGGCUCAGAUCCUCUCUACACACCGGAACCGGAUACGUGCCAUGAACUCUUGGGACAUGUGCCUCUACUUGCUGAUCCCAAGUUUGCACAGUUUUCACAAGAGAUAGGACUUGCUUCACUGGGAGCAUCCGAUGAAGAUGUUCAGAAAUUAGCCACGUGCUAUUUUUUUACGAUUGAAUUUGGCCUUUGCAAGCAAGAAGGACAACUACGCGCUUAUGGGGCAGGACUUCUGUCUUCUAUUGGAGAAUUAAAGCAUGCUCUCUCUGACAAGGCCAAUGUGAAAGCAUUCGAUCCAAAGACAACCUGUUUGCAAGAAUGCCUUAUCACUACUUUCCAGGAGGCUUACUUUGUUUCAGAAAGUUUUGAAGAAGCCAAAGAAAAGAUGAGGGACUUUGCCAAAUCAAUCAAUCGUCCCUUCUCUGUGUAUUUCAAUCCAUAUACGCAAAGCAUUGAGAUUCUGAAGGAUACCAGGAGUAUAGAAAAUGUUGUCCAGGACCUCCGCAGCGAUCUGAACACUGUAUGUGAUGCUUUAAGCAAAAUGAACAGAUAUUUAGGGAUUUGAUAUGUCUGGCACUGUGAUUUGCUGUCAGUUGCUCUUUCUGUAGCCAGUUAGAUCACAUGAGAUGGCUAACUUCUCUUACCCAUCAGUUUUCCCUCUACAGCUCGGCCUGUGUCUUGCAUUGUUGUGUACCUCUGUCUAGAUGUAAUGUGCAGACAAACCAAGGCAAUGCUAAUUUGUAAAUGCAACACGGAAUGUGGCAGAAUAUAAACAAUUCCUCAACACGAUGCCAUGUACAAGUAUACCAUUAAAAAUUUGACUGGCAAUGGUUUCGUUUCCGUAAGAUGAUUCGCUUCAAUGUUUAAGAAAUGAUGUUGUUGAUUUCAUUAAGUCUAUUUCUUUAUAAUCCCUUUCCUUCCAUAAGAAUCCACAAAAAAUUAUUUGUGACACUUUCAUUUUCUUUGUAAGAGAAUCUGUAUUUCUUUCUAUAGUGGUAAAGACACUGUUUUGUCCAUAUAUCUGUAACAGAACUGAGUGUCCCUUGUGACUGAACAAUACAAUUUGUGUACCAGUGCUGAGAUCAGGAAGGCUGUGUAUUGGUACUAAAAGGUCUCGGAGAUUACACAUUAUGAGAACUCUCAACUGACAAAAGUUCAGUGUGGCUGAGUAAUUGCAACACAAUAAAAAAGAAACCUCUGACAAUUCAUGUAGAAAGAUAGUUCUGAUUCACACUUGCUACCUGUGACAGUCCUGAGCAUGCUUCCUCUGCGAGUGCUAUCUGAGAAUACGAUAAUUCCACAGGCCCUUCUACAUCACUGUAUGCCUUGUGCAUUCCCUUGUGUUUUGAACGUACUCCUCUUGCAAUUCAUGCAUAAUUUACUUUUCCUCAUUAUUCCCUAUUCAACCUUGACUUGUCCAUGCAUGACUGGGUCUACGCCGUAUUAGUAUCAGAACAUAUAAAACGAUGAAUAUGGAAGCUGUUAUUUAAUUAUAGCCAAAAUUAUUUUCAGUUAGUAGAAUACUUGUGGAGUGAUUAAAUCAUGGAGACACCCAAACUGCCUUGCUUAUAUUGGAUGGAUGCAGGUAAUGCCUGAGUUAAUAAACUCUAAGUUGUCAAG